AUGGUAGAAACAAAAAACAAGAGAGGAAUCGUCAGCGAAACCGUCACUUCUACUGAAGAGCCGGUAAAGCGUCAAAAACUUCAAUUAGCGACCGAUACAGCGGAAACUCUCAAGCUCGUGGAUACUUUGUUCACGAGUGCUAACGCAGGCGACGCUAGAAUCCUACUCAGAAAGCUCGAUUCAGAAGUGAGCAAAGACCCAACUCUAGCUUUUCAUAUCAUUGACUCUUUGUCCUCCAGGAUCAAUUCUUUCCCAACAAGUUACGCCCCAGAAGUCUGGCUUCUCGUCCGAAAAUGCUUCAAGCUCUCCGAAAUCGCGGGCGAUCUCAAAUCGAAAUUCCUCGAUCAAGCGACUUCGAAUCUCUUCGGCGAAGAUGCCUGGAUCCAGAGUAGAAUCAAAAUUAUGUCAAUUUCCUUCAUCGGCGAAAAUAUCGACACGACGCAAUCGAGGGAGAAGAUUCUGAUAAUGCUCGACGAUCACGAUCAGCGAAUUCGACUGGCAGCAUUAAAUGCGCUCUAUCUUAUUUUUAAGAGAGGCGGGGAUCUCGAUUUGGCGCAGUAUUCCAAAGCAAUCAGCAUGUUAGGAGACAUCUCUCACCAAGUCCGUCUAGCUGCAUAUCGACUUCUGUUCGCCUUCGCAAUUCAAAUGCCCGAGAAAAUGAUUCCAGCUCGGAACAAAGAAGGUAACGAAGAAAUCAGACUCGUAGACGACGCCUUUGCUCAUUUGUGCGACUCUUUGAACGACCCAGAACCAAGUGUUCGAGCAGAAGGAGCCACUCUGCUCGGAAAAUUUGAAGGCGUUUCGAUGCGUUUCUUGCACCAGACGUUGGAGAAGAAUCUCAUGACGAACCUGAACCGCGUUCGAAGCCUGAACGAAAAAGCGAAAGGAGAAGGUGGCGGAGAAUUCUCUUCUGGAAGAAAAUUCGGUGACGACAAAGCUGUAAGAGGAGAAGUAGAGGAUGACAAUAACGUUAUCGCCCGGGGCGCGUGUGGAGCCUUCAUUCACGGCCUGGAAGAUGAAUUUAAAACGGUCAGAGUUGCAUCGCUGGAUUCUCUUUGCACCUUAGCCGCUAAAGAGUCCACUGGAGAUUUCGCCAAAGAGUCGAUGGACUACAUGGUAGACAUGCUCAACGAUGAGUUGGAAAUUGUUCGUCUAAAUGCGAUAAAUAACUGCGUAAAACUGGCUUCUCGUGUUCCUGUUUUGCUUGAAGAUCAGAAUGAGAAUGUAUUGACCAGCUGUUUGCCCGAUUCUAGGCGCGAAAUUAGAAUUUCUACCCAUCGAUUACUGUCCUGCUGCCGUCUUCUUUCCAAAAAAUGCCUGAAUCGAACAGUAGAAGAGCUCAUCCGAAGUCUUCAAAAGUUCCCGGAGGAUCAAUCAUCCAUUUACGAAGCUGUUUGCUGCCUCGGAAAGAAUCACCCACACUUUACCGCCGCUCUGACGCCGCAGUUGCUCAAUAUUCAUCCCUUUUAUGACACUUGCGAGACCGACAUCUCCGACACGAGCUACGCAGCGAAGCUAAUUCUCAUUCUGAACGCUGCUUCUGAUUCCAAGUCAAUGGCAACGUUCUUCCCUCCUUUCAUCAAGCGACACUACUCCUACCUUCGCGAUGUACACCCUGAACUCGUGCCGAAACUCGACUUUCUCGAAGAAAAAAGAGCGAAAAACAAAGGCGAGUUUAUCCACUGCCAAUCAUCCGAAUUCGUCAAGAAGAGAGUCAAGUUGUUGCCACAAAUCAACUCUACUCAAUCGUUGACAUCAGCGCUAGCCUCGUUGAAUAGGAUGAAAAAAGCGAGCUCGGACAGAAGUGAACUGAAUUUGAUUCUGGCGCAUGCGGAUUUCUUGGAGAUACAGAGCAUUUUGAGGAAUUAUUCCUUUUCCAGAACAAAUAUGAAUCCAAUUCAUCACUGCUUGGGAAUAAUUCACCGCCUUGAAAAUCUACUGAAAGGCCUGUCUGAGCAAGAAAAGUUCUACCUGCGAGAAUACAAACUCAUCGUCUUCGCCAUUCUGUGUUUCUUCAACGAAGACGAAGAAUCGGUUUUUUCCUCGGCAAACUUUCAAAUUCUCCUUGACGAGGUCUCGCUAAAAAUCGCCCAGCACGAGUUUACUCCAUCAAAGUUCACAAAAAGUCUAAUCGAUCAAUGCAGAGGGAUCAAACGCUAUUCCCUCUUGAAGUCUUUUCUCAAUUCAAUUCUCAGUGACUCUUCCUUUGCUCCGAAUGUUCAAAUUCUGACUACAAAGGAUAUUUGGAGGCAUUUCUAUCUAUCUAUUUUAUUGCCAAAUCAAGUUGCUAAAUUGCGUAAAUCGCGCGAGUAUUCUCAAGAAAUCCCUCAAAAGGCAUCACUCUACUCACCAGUUGAUCCAAGCAGAAAACUCGCGGUUCGAGUUCGCUACGGGAUUGAAGAAGAUUCAAUUUACUUCAUCGAAGACCACGAAUUAUCGAAAGUAACUGAGGGAAAGUAUGAAGUGACAAGCUCAAUCAAACUCAACAACCGGGAGGUCUGGCCAACUGAAAAGACCGUCUACUUGCAAUUUUGUUGGAUUUUCGAUCAGAAAUUCUUCAAGGGUCCAACAGAAGGAAAUCCCAAAAGAGGUUUACUACUGCUCGAUCAUAUUCUACUCGACUGUAUCGCUCAAGAUGCCCCUGGACCACACUCACUGCUUUGA